GAGAACCGUAGAAGAAGAAGAAGCAGCAGCGGAAGGCGGUUUUCUCUUAGCUUGUUUGCUCAUGUAAACCGAUUUAUUUCUCUUUGUUUUAACAACUACAGCUCACUUUUACUCUGGAGAUCACAAUAAAGUAAUAGGGAGGAUGCUGGCUACAGGAGCGGAGAUUGUGAACAUCUACCCAUCCAUAAACCCCCCGACACUGACAGCACAUCAGUCUAAUCGAGUGUGUAACGCUUUAGCACUGCUGCAGUGUGUGGCCUCCCAUGUAGAGACACGCUCUGCUUUCCUGGCAGCUCACAUCCCUCUGUUUCUGUAUCCCUUCCUGCACACGGUCAGUAAAACUCGACCCUUCGAAUACCUGCGGCUCACAAGUCUGGGCGUUAUUGGCGCACUGGUGAAAACGGAUGAGCAGGAGGUGAUCAACUUCCUGUUGACCACAGAAAUCAUUCCUCUCUGUCUGCGCAUCAUGGAGUCCGGCAGCGAGCUCUCCAAAACGGUGGCCACAUUUAUACUGCAGAAGAUCCUCCUGGAUGACACGGGUCUUGCGUAUAUCUGCCAGACCUACGAACGCUUUUCACAUGUUGCCAUGAUACUGGGGAAGAUGGUUCUUCAGUUGUCAAAGGAGCCCUCGGCUCGCCUGCUGAAGCAUGUCGUGCGCUGUUAUUUACGACUUUCUGACAACUCCAGGGCGAGAGAAGCUCUGCGUCAGUGCCUGCCCGACCAGCUGAAGGACACCACGUUUGCUCAAGUGCUAAAGGACGACUCCACCACCAAACGCUGGCUCGCUCAGCUCGUCAAAAACCUACAGGAAGGGCAGGUCACGGACCCCCGGGGCAUCCCCUUACCUCCUCAGUAACACACACUCACACUCAUCCCAAACCCUCCAGGACGGCCAGCAACACAUCAGACUGUGUCACAUACAAGGGCACUUAAUAUUUUUUUGCCAAGAAGCUCAGAAACGGUGCUCAGCAUUCACGGUUUGUUUCGAGAUAUUAAAAAUUGACUUUGGACUCUGCUGGACUGAGGAAGAGUCAGUCUCAUCCAUUAUUAGUGUUUUUUUCUUUUUCCUCUACGCCUUUUUGAUGGAAUCGAGAGGAAUUGAAAGACUGUUUUGUCUGUAUUUUUCCAUCACAAAAAUGUGUAAUUUUGAAUGCUGUUAAAUAAACAGUGUCAUGCCAUUGGAAAUGUCAAGUGAAAUUGCCGUC